UACGAAUUUUUGGUGAUGGGAAGCAAAGCGAUGCGAGUUCAGAGUUCACAGGAGAGGGUGUCCGGAAAGGGGGAGAUUUUCUCCUUCCCCUCCUUUUCAACUGCUCGUGUUUCGCUCUCGCCCCUGUACCUUUGACCACAGUGCCUUUGACAACGCUUUGAACCACGUGAAGUGCGUGAAGUCAGUAGAGUCGCGCAGUUUCAGUUUAGUCUACGGAAGGGCGAGGUUGUCAGUUUGCGCACAGGAAUCGGAAUCUCGAAAAGCUAUAGUAAUCGAGAGAAUACCACUGCAGUUAACGCCAGAAAUCGCAAAUGGCAGCGUCUUCCAAGUCUGCGCUCUUCGUUUGCCGCGGAAACAUCUGCCGAUCUCCGAUCGCAGAGGCAGUCUUUCGCCAAGUUGCCAAGCAAAGAGGAGUCCUGGCUGAGUGGAACAUCGACAGUGCAGGUACGGACGGCGAGCACGUAGGCAGUAACCCAGACAGGAGAGCGGUCCAAUGCAUGAAGGACCACAAUGUCGAAAUGGACCAUCGGGCCAGGCAGGUCACACUCGACGACUUCCGCGACUUCCAGUACAUCUUCGCCAUGGAUAACGCCAACAUGAAUGACCUGACAGAUAUGGCGCCAGAGAGCUCCAAGGCCAAAAUCGAGCUCCUUGGCAAAUAUGAUCCCGAAGGCCAGGCAACAAUCCAUGACCCUUAUAAUGACAGCGGAAGCCAGGACUUCGAAGAGGUGUACGCCCAGUGCCUCCGCUGCUGCAACGCAUUCUUUGACCAGCUCGGCGGCUGAGUGCCACCCUGGGCCGUUUGGCAGCGCAGGCGAGCCUUUCCUCCCGCUGCCAGUGUUUCUUGACAUACUCACUGUCGUUAAAGCACCGUUUGUACAAGGUGCCCAGGCUGCCUGUCGACGCAAGCAGCUGUCGGCCUGUUCCAAGUUGAAGAUUUUUGAAUAAACAUUAUUUUCUUGCA